AUGGCCCCAAAAACAGUUUUGAUCACUGGGUGCAGUGAAGGUGGUAUUGGAGAUUCUCUUGCCAAAACUUUCCAUCGCAAAGGUCUUCGAGUUUUCGCUACAGCUCGAAAUGUUUCCAAAAUCGAACACCUUAAAAAGUUAGGACUUGACACUCUUGCCUUGGAUGUCACGGAUCCAACAUCCAUCAAAAUGGCUGUCGAAGCCGUCAAAUUGGCCACUGGAGGAACUUUGGAUUUCCUCGUUAACAACUCUGGUGCUGGAUACGCCAUGCCACUACUAGAUACUGAAGUAGAAGUUGCCCGAAAGAUGUUUGACGUCAAUGUCUUCGCAGUCAUCACAGUAACCCAAGCAUUUUCACCCCUUCUCAUCUCCGCCAAAGGAAAAAUCAUCAACAUCGGUUCAAUCCUCGGUUUCUCUCCUAUGUACUGGCAAGGAUAUUACAACGCCAGUAAAGCAGCAGUCAAUCAUAUUACUGAUCAACUUCGUCUUGAACUCGAACCUUUCGGUGUCAAGGUCAUUCUUGUAAUCACUGGUUUGGUAAGAACCAAAUUCUUUGACAAUCAACCAUCGGUGAGGUUACCGGAAAACUCUCCAUAUGCCCCAGCGAGAGAUAUCGUUGAACAUGCUGCUGGAGGAGAUGAGGAGUUGGCUUCUGCAAUGGAUGUAGAUGUUUAUACAGAAAAAGUAGUGGAGAAUGCUUUGAAGAAGAAUUCACAGACACAUCAAUGGGCUGGUGGAAAUGCUUGGACGGUUUGGUUUGUUUCGACUUUUUUUCCACAUACUAUUUGGGACAAGGUCUUGCCCUCAACAAAGAAUAUUGCUGAGUUGAAGAAGAGACUGUUGGCUGCAGGGAAAAGGGAAUAG